UUUAAAAAUCGAUUCUUCAAUAUGAUUUGAAAUUUGAAUACUAAUAAUCGAAUUAUUUAUUUAUUUUUGUUUCUGAACUUGUUCAAUCAGAAACAAAAAUAGUUUAAAAAAUGUCUUUACGAGUAUCUUAUUCACCAAAUUACUAUUCUUUAGACGAUAUUUUGGCAACACAAGAACGAGUACCGUGUAAAGUAGCACUCACCAUUCAAAAAAUGGGCCACUUGAACCCGUCAGUGGCUGAAAGGGACCUACAACCGGGUACCUCUUUAGAACUACCUUUGUGGUUAGUUAGUGAAUUGUCUCAAAGUCGAGCGCCGCUGGUAAAUCCGGAAUUACCAAAAAUUUAUAGAGAAGCCUAUCGAGAAAUUUUAAAAGCUGAUGCUUGCGCUGUGGACUUGCAUAAAUUCAGUCUAUUUUUCUACGAAUUGGGCUCUCACAUAAAAAGGUUUGAUAAAAAACAGGAUGUACAUGAAACUCUUUUGCAUACUUUUAGAACACGAUUUAGACAACUAAUGGAUCUUGCCGACAACUCCAUGUCUGAUCCAACUGUUCAACAAACAUUAGACAUUCUUGAACGAAAACUUUUUAAUGAUGCCUACAAAGCCAGAAUGAAAUUAAACACUUGGUUAAAGGAUUCCAAUACUACCAUUGAAGCUGCAAAUAUGGUUAUCAAUCACAAAAAGAGAAAACGAAUGAACAUAGAAGAUUUGUUGUAGAUUGUCAAUUUUCAUUAUUAGAUUAAUUUUUUAUUAUUGUAUUUUUAAAAAUUAUUAAACGUUUUUAAAUAUUUUA